UAUUUGCUGAAUCAUACUUUUCUUAUAGUGCUCGAUGGCUCCAAGGAUACAUCCUCGACCGAAUCGAUAAAGCAAUUACUACCAUGGACGAAGAAGAAGUUGAAAAGCGCCUGUACCAAGAAAAUACUGUACAGGAGGAUACCUAUACUCGACUGGUUGCCGAGAUACAAUGCUUCGUGUGUUGUUGGUGAUUUUAUUGCUGGCAUUACUGUAGGACUCACAUUGAUUCCACAGGGGUUAGCGUUUCACAGCAUCGUCGGCCUACCACCAGAGUACGGUCUGUACAGCUCUUUCAUAGGCUCCUUCAUCUACAUUGUCUUCGGUAGCUGCAAAGACGUUCCCUUCGGCCCUUCUGCCACCAACGCCUUCUUGACGGCCCAGGCUGUCGCAGGAAGAGGUCCAGAACAUGUGAUUUUAUUAUCGUUCCUAUCAGGAAUAGUGCAAUUACUGAUGGGGUUCUUCGGGUUAGGAUUCAUCAUCGAUUUUGUUUCUGGACCUGUAUCAUCAGGGUUCACAUCAGCAGUAUCUUUAAUAAUCGUUACCUCUCAAAUGAAGGAUAUUCUGGGAAUCACAGCUUCUGGAGACACAUUCAUAACUGCAUGGAAGAGCAUAAUUUCGGAAAUACACAAUACGAAUUUAUGGGAUGCUGUCAUGGGAUUUUCGUGUAUUUUCUUACUGUUAGUCAUGAGGGUUAUCGGUUCGACAAAGCUCAAGGUCGAAGAUGAAGUGAAGCCAAAACUCUAUCAAACGAUUUUCAACAAAAUCACAUGGUUCAUCGGAACAGGCCGUAACGCUAUCUUGGUACUAAUAUGUGGCUACAUAGGUUUCAUUUACUGCUCGAUAGGCGAACCACCAUUCAGAGUCAUCGGAAAUGUUCCUGAGGGAUUGCCUGCGUUCAGGAUACCUUCCUUUGGGUUCCAAAAAGUUCAAAAUGGCACAAUGGAAUCCUUUUCGUUCUUCGAGAUGGUGUCCAAUUUAGGAAGUGGGAUCAUCAUUGUACCACUAGUGGGUCUUAUGGAAGAUAUAGCAGUUUGCAAGGCUUUUGCAAAUGGUAAAACAGUCGACGCAACUCAAGAACUUAUCGCGAUGGGCCUAUGUAACAUAGGUAACUCAUUUGUGCAAGGAUAUCCGGGAACGGGGGCCUUGGCAAGAGGUGCUGUGAACAAUGCAAGUGGUGUGCGAACCCCCUUAGGAGGGUUAUAUACCGGCAUUCUCGUAAUUACAUCUCUUUUAUUCUUCACUCCAUAUUUUUAUUACAUCCCGAGUGCGGUGUUGGGAGCUGUUAUCAUUGCUGCUGUUGUCUUCAUGGUUGAAUUCAAAGUGGUCAAACCUAUGUGGAAAUCAAAAAAAAGCUGUUUUGUUGUGUUCUGCGCGACGUUUAUUGCUUGCCUUAUACUGAGGUUGGAGAUCGGAAUCCUAGUAGGCGUUGGUAUCAAUAUUCUAUUCAUACUCUACCAUGCUGCAAGACCAAAACUGAGUUUCGAAAAUUUGAAAACUCCAGAUGGUGUAGAAUACCUUAUGCUGACACCCGAUCGCUGUUUGAUCUUUCCCUCAGUCGACUAUGUCAGGAAUCUUGUCCUAAAAUACAGCAAACGACAAGGAAUACCGGUUGUGAUUGAUUGUACGCACAUUUAUGGAGCUGAUUACUCGGCAGCUAGAGUGAUAGAUAUGUUAACAAAUGAUUUCACUUCCAGAAAUCAACCCUUGUUCUUUGUCAACCUCAAACCGUCGGUAUAUUCGGUCUUCGAAGGACUUUCACCUAAAGGUUUCGUGGUGUUCUACAAUAUCAAAGAGUUGGAAGAAUAUUUGAAAAAUGUCCCAAAUAAUAGGAAGAACAAAGAAAUCAUUUAA